AUGGAAACUUCGAAGUUAAGCAAUAGCUACACAAGCUUUUACCUCCAAGAUGAUCCAGGACUGGAUUUGCCUUUCAACUACCAAUUCAAAGCCAUUCAGAAGGCUCUUAUAAACAUGAAAAAUAAAAAAUAUCUUGAUCAACAACAACAACAACAACAACAACAACAGCAGCAGCAGCAACAGCAACAGCAACAACAACAACAGCUACAUAUGAACACCUCUUUGAAUCAGCAUUAUCACCAAAAGCAAAACGCUUUCCAUUACAACAACAAUAACAUCAACAACAACAACAGCAGCAGCAGCAACAGUAACAACAACACCAAGGGUAACAACACUAACAUUUACAACAACAAUCUCCUCAACUAUCAAAAUAACUUGAACGGAUAUGCUAACCAAAACCCUGGAAAAUUUCAACAGCAGCAACCUAAGUAUGGGAAUUAUAACGUGCAAGGCUCGAUGUUAAAUGGUCAUAUUGGUACCACUGAAAAUGUCGCUGAAAACUCAAGCCUGCAGUUAGGUUAUCAAAUGCCUCAAACCUCAAACUAUUUGGUUAAUGACAACAGUAGCACAAGCUCCAACUUCAAAGCUAUGGAUACUACCAACAAUAACGCUGGCAAUAGUCAUAAUGUAUUGCAAUAUUACAGGAACAAUACCAACUCAAGCGCACCAUCUUCUGCCUCUACUAAUUUUAAUUCUUCUGCAUCCUCUGUUUUGUUUGCUCCAAGGCCUUUGAAUUCCAAGUUCACCUCCUCUGCAAAUUUGAUGACCAAUAGCAAUUCCACUGUCACCGCGUCCGCGGUUCCUGACGCCACCGCAGCCCCAAGUAACCCUUCACCAACUACGUCAACAUCCCAGUACAAGGCUUCACAGAACUUGGAAUCCUUUUUAGUCCCAAGACCAAAUUCCACUAAUGCUACCAGUUCACAAACUGGUAAUAGUGCAUUGUUGAACUCCAGCACUGUUUUCGGGAACUCAUUGUUAUAUUCCUCUACCCCAAGUUUGGUUACCAACCGCACCCUUUCAGCCGCUGGCGGUGCGAAUAACGCUAGCGGUACUGGCAAAAGUGGUAACAAUGCGAGCAAAGGCAUCACUUUUAAUACUUCCCUUUUGCCAAACUCAUUGUUGUUGAAGAACUCAUUGACUUUGAACGACGUUUUCAACGAGUCUACCGAUGCAAUUAAUAUUUCCAGUUCUAGCACUCCAGUUGGAAAUCACAAUGCGACUGCUACCAAUCAUUUUGAAAACGACCCAUUACUUUUUGGAACUUCUUCUUCUAUUUGGGGCAGCUCUUCAACAUCAGCUCUUAAUCAAAAAGGUCAAGUUUCUACAAAGAUUGGGCUCUCUGAAACUAGCAAGCGUCAAUUAAACACCGGUAACGCUUUUGGUAGUGCUUUUUCAGGUUUUGGCACCAGCGGAUUGAGUGAUUCAAGAAUGGGGUUUUCAUGGGAAAACUCUGGCUCUCGGAUUUUGAACUCUAGUAAAACUAAUGGUAGCGAUACCAUCGGCGUAAACAACAUUAAUACCUCUACUGGUAAUAGUAUGUUUGCCGAAAGAGAUGGAAUUUCAGGAGGACUUAAUACGAUUAAUGAUAACGCAAUGAGUAUGUCCAGCUACUUUUAG